AUGGGUUACAAAGGAGGUGAGCUUGGUAAAAACGAGCAAGGUAUUGUUGCUCCUAUUGAGGCUAAGUUGCGGCCGAAGCUUAUGGGAAUGGGUUAUGGAAAGUCUGAUUUGCCAGCAUUGCAGGAAGUAGAGGAGAAGAAGUCGGCGCCUAAUGUGGGUAGGGCCACUGAGGGUCUCUCAAAAGAGAAGCUUUGGUCAAAGCAAGGUCGGCAGAAUAAGAAGGUCUAUGUUACGCAAGAAGAGUUGUUGGCCCAGAAGCAAGAGCAGGGCAUUGAAGUAGUUCAGAAGGUUUUUGAUAUGAGAGGACCGCAGGUUCAUGUUUUGACAAAUUUGGAGAACUUGGAUGCUGAAGAGAAAGCAAAGGAAAACGAUGUCCCCAUGCCUGAGUUUCAGCAUAACAUGAGAUUGAUUGUUGACUUAGCAGAGCUUGAUAUACAGAAAAUAGAUCGAGAUUUGAGAAACGAGAGGGAGACUGUGGUUACAUUGCAAAAGGAGAAGGAGAAGCUUCAAAUUGAUGUGGCUCGCCAAAAGAAACAGCUGGAUAGUAUGGAAGAAAUAGUUAGUGUGUUGGACCAGAUAGGCACAGUGAAUUCGUUGGGAAAAUUGACUCUCGACUCCCUUGCAAAGUCAUUUGGGGACUUGCAGAGGAGAUAUGCUGAAGAUUACAAACCUUGUAAUUUGUCAUGCAUUGCUUGCUCAUUUGCUCUGCCUUUGUUUAUUCGAGUAUUUCAGGGAUGGGACCCACUUCAAAAUCCAAAACAUGGAUUGGAAGUGAUGUCAUUGUGGAAGAAUUUGCUGCAAGGUGAAGAUUUCUCUGAUGCAGCCUCCCCCUACACUCAGCUGUUUAUGGAAGUUGUAUUCCCUGCUGUGGGGAUAACUGCCACCAACACUUGGCAGGCUAGGGACCCUGAACCCAUGCUUCGUUUUUUGGAGUCUUGGGAAAGGCUGCUGCCUCCUUCCACCCUCCAGAGUAUAUUGGACAAUGUAAUUUUGCCAAAAUUAUCAGCUGCUGUGGAGUCAUGGGACCCACGUCGGGAAACUAUUCCUAUCCAUAAGUGGGUGCGUCCAAGGCUACCAUUAUUGGGACAGAAGUUGGAGGUUCAGGGUCUCUAUCAUACAAUACGUAAUAGAUUGGGAAGAGUUCUUGAUGCUUGGUAUCCUCGUAAUAUGGCUGCCUACCGUAUAUUGUCACCGUGGAAGACUGUGUUUGAUCCAACCAGCUGGGAAAAACUAAUGGUCCGAUAUAUCAUUUCAAAAUUGUUGACUGUCAUGCAUGAUUUCGAAAUAAAUCCAGCAGAUCAGAAAUUUGAUCAGUUCAAGGCCGGCUCAACAGUAGAGCCCAAAAAGCAUGGGGCCCAAAUUUGUGUUGGGCCGGCCUUGGAUCAGUUCUAUUGGAUUCGGACUUGGGCCACUGCUAUUCCCAUUCACCUUAUGGUGCUGUUAAUGGACGUGUUCUUCAACAAGUGGCAAGAAGUUUUGUAUAAUUGGUUAUGCUCUAAUCCAAACUUUGAACAAGUGGCCCAAUGUGAAGACAUGGAGGUGGUCCACCCUGAUUUUAUAGAGGACAGUAAUUCUCUCAGGCUGGUUGAACAAAGGCAGUUUGAGGCUCAGCAAAAAGCAGCUGCGCAAGCUCAUCAACAAUCUUCCGCAAGCGUUGGUAGUGUAACCCAGAUGGAGGGCUUGGGUGGUGGGCUAGAGAUGAGCUUGAAAGAAGUUAUUGAAGUCCAUGCACAGCAGAAUGGUUUGGUAUUUAAGCCUAAACCCGGCAGAAUGCAAGAUGAUUAA